UCUCUGCAAGCGGAAGAUAUUUUCAAAAAAAAAAUAAAAAAAAAUAAUGUAAUAAAAUUGUAACGAUGGCUGCAGAAGAAAAAAAUUUAAAUCUGUCAAAUUCAGCUGCUCCCAGACCGCUAGAUAGAGAAAAUAGUGAUAUGACAUCUUUGGAUCAGCGUUUGUUUAGGGAUGUUAAGAGUGUCCUUCCAGUGAAAAGGCAAGAAGUUCUUAAAUGGUUCGGCUGGGGCUAUAAAGAUUCGGAGUUUUAUGUUAAAGAUGAAGUUUUGUGUUUUCGUGGAGAAAAAUAUCCCCUCGACGACUGUAGCUUACCAUAUUUUACGGACUGGGUAAGAGAGAAACUUAACAUAAACUUUAGCAAACUGCCACCGAAGGCUUCGUUACCGCAAACGUUCCCUAAACCUACCGAUAAUUCACAAUUCGUAGAAGAACUUAAGACGGCAAAUAUUUUGUACUCUCAAGAUGGAUUGGAUAGAUUAAUUCGUUGUCAUGGCCAAGCACUACAUGACAUUUACUAUUUGCGUCAUAAUAUGUUCAAGAGGAUACCGGACAUUGUUACAUGGCCUUGCAAUCAUGAUGAAGUAAAGAAAUUGGUGACGCUGGCUCAUAAGCAUAAUGUCGUUGUUUUACCAUAUGGCGGUGGCACUUCAGUUUCAGGAUCUAUUACCUGUCCUCAAGAUGAGAUAAGAAUGAUUUGCGUCUUGGAUACAAGUCAAAUGAAUCGCAUGUUAUGGCUGAGUAAAGAGAAUUUAACGGCAUGUUUUGAAGCUGGCAUAGUAGGGCAAGAUUUAGAAAAGAUUUUAAAUAGUGAGGGCUUAACAUUGGGUCACGAACCGGAUAGCUAUGAGUUUUCUACAUUAGGCGGUUGGAUCGCAACACGAGCUUCGGGCAUGAAGAAAAAUACUUACGGCAACAUAGAGGAUUUGGUAGUUAGUGUGAAAUUCGUUGCACCUUCCGGGGUAUUGGAGAGGCAAUGCAAUGCUCCUCGUAUAUCUUGCGGACCCGAUUUUAAUCAUAUAGUCAUGGGCUCGGAGGGUACUUUGGGUGUGGUCACAGAAGUAGUCUUAAAAGUAAGGCCAUUACCACCUAUCAAACGUUACGGGUCUUUAUUAUUUCCCGAUUUCGAGUCUGGUGUUAAGUUUAUGCGUGAGGUAGCACGUAGACGCUGUCAACCUGCUUCUGUACGUCUUAUGGACAAUGAACAGUUCAUAAUGGGACAAACUUUAAAGGCGAAAAAGGAAUGGUUGGGAGAAUUUUUGGAUUACUGCAAAAAAGCAUACCUGACAACAGUCAAGGGCAUGGAUUUAACACGUUUAUGUGCGGUCACAUUGCUAUUUGAAGGCGAGCAGAAAGAUGUCGAUCGCCAAGAAGCUGUAAUACUCGAUAUAGCGAAAAAGUUUAAAGGAUUUUCCGUGGGCGAUAAAAACGGCCAAAGAGGAUAUAUCUUAACAUUCGUUAUAGCCUACAUCAGAGAUUUGGGCUUACAGUAUGAUGUAAUGGCAGAAUCGUUUGAAACCUCGGUACCCUGGGAUCGUUGUUAUACUUUAUGUUGCAAUGUUAAAAGACGACUAGAAAUGGAAUGUCAGAAGCGUAACAUUAACUAUUUUCUAGCAUCGUGUCGUGUAACUCAAACUUAUGAUGCCGGCGCAUGUGUUUAUUUCUAUUUCGCUUUUCUUAGCACGAAUUGUGUAAAUCCUGUCGAAACAUACGAGAUAAUCGAAGCGAUUGCCAGAAACGAAAUCUUAUCGUUAGGCGGUUCAAUAUCUCAUCAUCAUGGAGUGGGGAAAAUACGUAGUCCAUGGUAUGGGAUGACUGUUACCGAUACUGGCGUUGAGUUAUAUAAGGCAACCAAGUAUCAAUUGGAUCCAAAAAACAUAUUUGCUGCCGGAAAUUUAUUGCAUGAAAAAACGUUGAAUUUAAUGACUGCUAGAGCGAAACUUUAAACUGAACAUGCCAUCAUAUUCGGUUUCAAUCAAUACUCGCGUAAUACGGUUAAGGACUUUUUUUGUUUUCUAUUAUUAUUUUUUUUUUUUUUUAUUCUUUAUUAAUUAAUUAAAUAGUUAAGAUAUUGUUUAAGUAUGUUUGUUCGUAUGUGUGUUUUGAAAUUCAACGAUUGAAUUCACGUCACUAGAAUACAAAAAGUUUGCGUGAAAAGUAAGAAUUUCUACAAAUUGUAACAAUUACUUUGCCCAAAAAGUGAGCAUUAGUCAGUCGACCUAGACGCCCCUGUCUAGACAAUUUUAUAUUUAGUUUAAUCCAAAUACACGUAUACGCGUACGUACGCAUAUAUACUUUUUGAUUUUUAAU